AUGAUGCCUGUCAAUAAUAGUUUUGAUGAUGAUGAUAAAAUUACAUUUCAAGAAUCUGAGGUGCCUAUAUCUCGUCCGAUUCGAUUUUGGCUUCUAUUACUAUUAGAUAUUCCAUCGAUAGCAUUUUCUUGCAUUCUGCUCUUUCAUCUUCUCAUUAAUAAAAUGUUACGAUGUCAAUUAAAAAAUCAUGUUAUGAUAGUUUUAUUGAUCAUUGGAUUAAUUAUAGAAUUACUGGAUAUUCCACUGCAUCUUAGUUUUUUACAUCUCGGUAAUGUUCAACCAUCAAUCCCAUUUAUAUGUCUUAUUUGGUGGUUUAUGGAUAUAGGUCUAUAUAAUGGAUGUACUAUAAUUAUGGCAUGGUGUUCUGUUCAUCUUUAUUUAUUAAUAUUUCAUGAUGGAAUGUUUGCUAAUAGAAACAGACGUUUACUUUUUCAUUAUUUACCGAUAGUCAUGUUGCUUUUCUAUAUAUUAGUCUUCUACAUAGUAGCAAUAAUCUUUCCACCAUGUAUGAAUACAUAUGAUUAUACAUUACCUGUUUGUAAUGAUUUUCCAUGUUAUUUGGGCGAUAGUUAUCUUGGUAUAUGGGAUUCGGUUGUAAAUAGUAUUCUACCAACAUGUGUUAUUAGCAUUUCUACUGUCAUUCUUUUUAUUGAUAUUCAUUAUUAUAAACGACGUGCUCACCAACCAAUCCGCUGGCGUAAACAACGUAAAAUGAUAAUUUACCUACUUUUUAAAUCUACUCUAUAUCUUAUUCCAAAUAUUCCAUUGAACAUAUUAAUUUUCUCUCAUAUUUGUGGUCUAUCAGAAAGUAUAGGCGCUAAAACUCAACUAUAUUUCGAUUUUUUAUGUUAUUUCGUUAUACUAUUAUAUCCAUUUUUAUGUCUUGGUUCCUUAUCAAAAAUCCGCAAGAAAGUAAAGUGGCCAGGCUUAUUUUUAUUGAAACAAACUCGGCAACUAGCCAUUGUCAAUCCUCAAUAA